GAAGUAGGAUCACAUGCCGAUGACAGCUGCCAUUAGGCGACGGAAGUCCUGCAGGCGCAGCAGCAGAGAGUAGCAGAGCGAUCGGCGAUUUCCACGCGUUGGGGACGGAGCUAUAUUCUGCUGUUGCUGCAUGUGACCGGGACACCAGCGGCUGAGAGCACAGUGGCGCCCGGCUGCCUGGAUCUCGGAGAUGGCUAGUACAGCAACUGAGAAUUUAGAGUCAAUACCUGAUUGUAAACCAGAAGUGAGAAUCCCCAGGUUGGAUGCUGAUUAUCCACUAAAAGUCCUUUACUGUGGAGUGUGUUCAUUGCCAACAGAGUACUGUGAAUAUAUGCCUGAUGUCACAAAGUGCAGACAGUGGCUAGAGAAGAAUUUCCCCAAAGAAUUUGCUAAACUUACAUUAGGGAAUUCUCCCAAACUAGAAACUGUUGGAGGUGAUGGGCCAGGUACAGCUGGUGAAGAGGAGGAGAAGAAAAAACAGAAAAGGGGAGGAAGAGGUCAGAUUAAGCAGAAGAAGAAGACUGUACCUCAGAAGGUUACAAUAGCCAAAAUCCCCAGAGCAAAGAAGAAAUACGUAACACGGGUAUGCGGGCUAGCAACAUUCGAAAUAGAUCUCAAGGAAGCACAAAGAUUCUUUGCUCAGAAAUUUUCCUGUGGUGCAUCCGUGACAGGGGAGGAUGAAAUAAUUAUUCAGGGAGACUUCACAGAUGAUAUUAUUGAUGUCAUCCAGGAAAAGUGGCCAGAGGUUGAUGAUGAGAGCAUUGAUGAUCUCGGGGAGGUGAAAAAGUGACACAACAUCGUGCCUGUAAUGUUCUAGACUAUAUAGCCAAAGUGAGAGAGGAUUAUCAGAGCUUUGUGUGUCCUCUGUCUUGUACCACCUUGGUCCAUGGCAUUUACACCACUGUAGAAUGCUAUGUUUGUUUUUAAAUACUAAACUUAAAAGUAACCAAUGCAAGUGCGUAUGUGUUUAGAGUAAUAAAAAUGUUUUUGGUCAUUA